CCGGGCUUUCUCCACCCACAGCCACCUCAAGCAUCCCUCAUCCUCACUACACAAGCCGCCAAGGACGAUACCAAGAAACAUAUUUUGCUCUUUGUAGAUUAGCCUCAUUUUAACUGUUAAGUUAACAUUUUAACUUUGUUAAUUUAACAUUUUAACUAGCCGCCCAAGGAACUAAGAGAACUUCACACCACAACAUUGACGGAAUUGCUGAUUGGGACCCAUUAUGGCUCUGCUAGGAUCAGUUAUUGCAGGAAGGAUGAGACCUGUCUUGUCUCCAUUACUGCACAUUCGCUUGAUGUCAUCAUUUGCACACCUCACCAGCACUGUUCAUCCUGUGAAGAAUCGAGAUAUGUUUGUGCUUGUUUGUUCCACUUUGUCCCCAUUCCUUAAACCUCGUGAUGCCUCUCUGUGCCACAUACGAAACUAUGCCAAGAGCAAGGACAAGAAGGGAAAGGAUAAAAAGAUCCAAGUUCAUCUGUCAGAUUCUGAAUUGUCUGAGGUGGUGAAUGUCACACACAUGCGAGAGGAGUUCUCAGGUAUUGUGGAGAAACUCAAGGAAGACUACAUCAAGAACCUCUCCCUCAGAACCUCAGUAGGAAGCAUAGAAAAUGCUCUUGUGAAGCUUGAAGGGGAUGAAUAUCCUCUGAAUGAGAUUGCUCAAAUUUCUCGGAAGUCUUCACACUUGUUGGUCAUCAAUGCAGCAGCUUUUCCCCAGGCUUUGACAGGAAUAAUGACUGCGCUGCGAGAAAGUGGGAUGAACUUGAAUCCACAACAGGAGGGAACAACAAUAUACGUGGCUCUACCUAAAGUUACAAAAGAGCACAGGGAAAAUUUAGCCAAAAAUGCUAAAACUCUGUAUAAUCGGUGUAAAGAUCAUCUAAGAGAUUCACAGAACCAGUAUGUCCGAAAAUCCAAGAAGAAAGAAGGUCAGAUGCCUGACGACCUUGUUCAUAAUGCACAGCUGAAGAUUAGGGAAAUUGCUGAGAGCUACAUGCAGGAAGCAGAGAAAAUGAUGAUGGCCAAGCAGAAAGAGUUGCUGCAGGCAAACUAAAAAUGCAUUUGAUCCUACAACAUUUGAGCAGAUUGUUACUGGUUAUAAAAGCUGCAUUAGCAUUCUUAUUGCUUUUUGUGUCUGAUAGUGUUGAAUCAUUCAGUCACGGAUUAUAUUUAAAUUCCUGUAAAGGGAAGGGAAUUAUCAGGGAAAAGCACCAAGCCAUUAUGACUAUAUGGCACUGGGAAGGUGUCAGGAUAAGGAUUAGGGACGGGACGGGGGAAAGGAAUGGUACCCAAUCACCUGGACAGUCGGGGAUUGAAAGCCGACCUGCACGAAAUGAGACCGUCGCUCUACCGCCCAGCCCAAGUGAUUGGGCAAAUUCCUGUAAAGUACGCAAUUACAAUGAGAAGUUGUGUUUUGUAGUAAAGAUUUAUAAUUUAAAUACAUUGAUUUUAUAAAUCUAAUAAAUAAAGUAUAAAUAGGUGUA